AUGAGCGAUCCAAGUGAGACCAAGAAAAGGUCCCUAAGCAGUUAUUUAUCCAAUGUGAGCUCCAGGAGGGAAGAACUGGAGAAGAUCAAACGACAGCAGCUGGAGGAACAUCAGAGACAAGAACAAGAACUAGAGAAGGUAAGGCAAGAACAGCUGAGAGAAAAGAAGUUGAAGGAGGUGAAAUUGGAAGAAGAGCACUUGAAAGAACAAUCUAAGGAAAAUCAAUCCAGAGAGGGUCAGACUGAGGAUCAGACUAAAGAGCAGCCCGAAGGACAGCCUGAAGAGCAGCCCGAAGGACAGCCUGAAGAGCAGCCUGAAGAGCAGCCUGAAGAGCAGCCUGAAGGACAGCUUGAAGAGCAGACUGAGAAGCAGAUAGAAGAACAGCCUGAGGGACAGCCUAAAGAUCAGACUGAGAAGCAGAUAGAAGAACAGGCAGAAGCACAGGUAGAUGUAAAAGACCCCCAGGUGAAGAAGGAAGAGAAGCGUACUAUUAGUCGAGUUGAGCUGCAUUCCAUUUUGAAAGCACCUGAAUACGGAUCUCAUGAAGAUGAAGAUGAAGAAAUGGACAGCGAUGCACCUACUGAGCCAGCAUCUCCACCAAAACCCAGAAGAGGUAAAUUAGUGAGAGGAGAUAGAUUGACGUCGCUGUCACCAAGACAAGUCUCAUUUGACAAUGGUUCCGAUUCUGAAUUGUCAGAUAUAGACGAAUUGGAAAGUGUUAACAUUUCAAGUAGUGUGCUUCAUGGAGAUUCCUCGCCGACGAAAAGGCAUUCGUCACCUAGAAAGGCCUAUAAACCAUCUCGACAACAUCGUAAGGGAAUAUACAGAGAUGCGGGUGGACGUACUAGAUUGCAGAUAGCAUGUGAUAAAGGUAACUUGGAAAUCGCCAAGAGAUUAAUUGAAGAAGAUGGAUACGAUGUCAAUGAUCAAGACAAUGCAGGUAAUACAGCUCUACAUGAAGCUGCGCUCAAUGGACAUUUGGAUAUAGUGAAAUUACUUGUCAAUCAUGGUGCGGAUGUCAAUGUACAAUCUUAUGAAAUGUUUAAAGAUACUGCAUUGAUAGACGCAUCUGCUAAUGGACAUUUGCCGGUGGUGCAAUUCCUUUUGGAACGUGGUGCUGACCCUCUAGUAUGCAAUGCCAAGGGUCUUACCGCUUAUGAUUCUAUCGACGAAGAAGCUGAUCUAGAUGAUGAAGAAAGAGAUAUCGUACGGCAGAUACAGGAGUGUCUUAGAGAUGCAACUAGAAAGGCAUUGGACCAUACAGCAAGUACAAAGGAUCCAUCGCCUACACAACCAAGACAUUCAGAUGAUGAUUACGAAUUUUAUUGGACGGAUAUUAGUUCUCGUGCAGGUAGAGAAAAGUUGUUGAAGGCAUCGAAGGAAGGUAAACUAGCCUAUGUGGGGGCCUAUUUAGAAAAUGGUGGUAAAAUCGAUGUCAAGUCAUUUUUCGAAGCUGUUAAAUUUGGCCAUGAAGAUAUCACGAGUCUUUACCUAGCGUUUGGUGCACCGGUAAACGUCUCAUUGAAGGAUGGCACCACUUCAUUGAUGGCAGCGGUUGGUAGAGGCCAUCAAGGCACUGUUAAGCUUUUAUUAGAUGCGGAUGCGGAUCCGACUAAAAAGGAUAAAAUGGGACAUAAUGCAUUGUACUAUGCAAAGAAUAGUUUAAUGGGGAUUAUAGAUUCAGAUGAAGUGCAACUGUUAAAAGAUGCGUUGCAGAAGCGUGGUGUAGAGGUAGAAGAGAACAGUAAGAAGAGGAAUUUGGAAGAAGUAGAAACUGAACCAAAAGAACAAGAAGAGGAACCUGAGCCCAAGAAACAAGAAUUAGAACCGGAAGAACCGAGGGAGACACCAGCUGAAAGAGAAGCAAGACUCAAGGCAGAAGAGGAGUACUUCCAGAGAAGAAUGAAAAAUAAGAAGAAGAAGGAACAAGAACUAUUGAAGAAACUAGCCCUCGAUGAACAGAAAAGGGAAGAAGAGAAGGAGAAGCAAAGGUUACAAGAACUCGAGAAGAUGGAAGCGGAUAAGAGAAAAAGACAGUUAGAAUUAGAGGAGAAUCAAAGACAACUGGAACUACAGAGAAGAAAGGAUAUAAGAUCGAUGUACCCCUUGGGGUUAAAAUUGGUAGAUUUUAAGAAAACCGAUGACUUAGAAUCGUUUUUACCACUUUACUACGUGAGCAUGAACAACCAGAGAUACGUCCUUGAUUUGCAGGCGUGUGUUUUACUCAAGGAUUCAAGCGUACUCGAUUCAAAUGCACAAGCUGUAGAACCAUUGCACAGGGAACAACUGUGGAAUAUUUUGAAAUUUAUUUUUUUACAAGGUGGUACCGAGAAUAUGUUAAGCCUAGACGCCAUGUCAUUAGAUGAGAGAAUGGGCUUUGAAAGGCAGGAAUUUGGUAAAUUCAGUCAACUGCCUUUACAUUGGAUACCCUAUGAGUCUAUUGUACACAAACUUGGGUCAAAGGAACAAAAGGUGAGAGAAAAUAUGGUGGAAAUUGUACUGGUAGAUGCAAGAGAUGUUAAUGAAGCAAGAGGGCACAGAGUGUGUCCAUCGCCAAUAGGCCUGAAUGGGCUACCAUUCAAAUUCCAGUACAGAAAUGAGAUACUAGAAUCCAUAAAUUUGCAUAACGCAGGUCCGUUAUGGUGA